AUGAAUGCUAAAAACCAAUGUUGGGAGAAAGAAAUCACCGAAGAGUAUAAUUCAGGAGCUCUCUGCCCAAGAACAACUACAGUAAUAAAAAACUGCUGGAAGAAUUUGAAGGCAGAUGGUAGGAAAGUUGCAGCUGAUGAGAGGCAAAGUAGAGUGAAAACAGAAUUAAUAACUAUUGAAGAAGAACACAAUUAUGGUGUGGAAAUAGAAGUUCCUCUGGAAUGUCAGUUCAAUGAUGACACUAGUUUAAAUGGAGUAUGGUCUCAUUAUACACCUACACAGCUGAGGAAGCCUAGAACAAACAUAUUGAGAAAGUUACCUCAAAGUUCUAUUGAAGUUGGAGAAGAUGGGUCGGUUUCAAUAAAUUUAUUAGAGGAGGUUCAGAGUGCAGACAUAGAAAACAUUGCUGAUAGUUCUCUGCACACAUUAUCCGAGACAUUAUCUUCCACUGCUGAGCUUUGUCCUGAAACUCCAGUGGCAAGACAUAACUAUCAAACUCCCAAUAAAAGGCCUGCAUUAAAGCCUAUGACUGCUGAUGAAAUUGCACCAAAAAAGCAUAAACCUGACAAGGAGAAUUCCACUAGACACCAGGCAAGUAGAAGGAGACCCAUCAUCUCACUGGCGAAAAAUGAUGAUCUGAUGUCAAAAAGAGUAGAGGCCCUAGCAAAGGUGACAUCUCAUACAGAGGAGGAGCACCAGAUUGUUAUGGACAUCCACCGUGAGAAACUAAGACAAGAAAAAGUUCGUACAAGAAUACUCCUCUUUGAACUUAAGGUGGCUAAGAGACAGUUCAGAAAUUGA